AUGACUGAGCAGCAGCAAGCAUCUGUGCCACCAAAGGGCGUCCGCCGUCCAGCUCCUGGUCCGAAGUGGAUGGCCACAGACCUCUACACCCUCUCCCAUCUCGAUCCUCCAACUGCACACAACAGCGCCAUCCUCAAAAGCACGCUCGCCAACUCUCUAGACCAAGACCUACCCGCCAUCUACUCCUCCCGCGCCUUUGCAAAGUUCCUCGCCCUCCAAGCAAAAGCCAUCGAUACGAAGCACUGUCUCGAAGUUGGCACUUUAGGUGGCUUUGCAAGCAUCUGGCUCGCUUCCGAGAACCCCAAUCUCAAGGUCACAACUCUUGAGUACAAUCCUCACCAUGUCGAGGUAGCCAGAGAAAACAUCGCCAACGCCGGGCUUUCUGAUCGAAUCACUGUUCAUGUGGGACCCGCCAUGGAGACGCUUUCCGCUGUACUUUCCGACAUUGAUGCUGGAAGACUGCCCAAGUUCGACAUGGUCUAUGUGGAUGCGGACAAGGAGAACAACUGGAACUACUUCGAUGCCGCUAUCAAAGGGUGCAGAAAAGGGGCUGUCGUUAUCGUGGACAAUGUUGUCCAGGGUGGAUUGAUCGCCAGUGAAGACAAGCCCAUUGACUAUCCGGAGUAUGUUGCGGGCGCCAGAAAGGUCAUUGAGAAUGCAGGAAAAGACGAAAGGGUUACUGCUACUGUCAUCCAGACUGUUGGAGAGGGCAGUCAUGACGGUUUCCUCUUUGCUGUCGUCAAGUGA